CGCUUACGCUCAUGUCGGACAAACAGAAAGCUGUCUUAGCCCUGUCUAUUGCGUCCCAGACAUGCACGACUGCGCUUAACGCCCUCGCCUCGCCGACGUCUCUGUCUUCUAAUCACUUCACGGACGCGCCAUCCUCCACCUGCCCUCCACCCGCGCUCGAGACGCUGCACAAAGACCUUCUGUCCAUUCUCCAGCUUAUCUCACACUCGCUGACUAGGCUUGCCCUGGUCCUCAAGCCCUCCGGCCCCCCUUCAUAUUCCGCGUCCACGCCCGUCCUCACAGAGCUUACCAGCCAGAUCAGUGAUCUUGCAGGAUGUACCGGUACGUUCGGGUUACAUCGAGUGACCUACGGCGAGUUCCUCGUAAAGGAGGUCAAUCAGCUCGUGGAGGAGAUCGUUUACACCACCCGGUCUUUAUUGCAAGCGUACCUCCAUCUAGCCUCGGACUCUCCGAGAAGACGCAUUGGCACCCCCAACGUCGGCGUGCUGGAUGAGGAUCGGAUACUCGGAAGCGAGGAGUCGCAAGAUGAAUAUCUCAGACUAACUGGUACGAUACAUCAGUUGAUCGACGGUGCUGUCGGUGCCUCUGCGGCGAGCUCGAAGAAAGGUAAGAGCAAGGCGCUCGUUCCUGGUCUCUCGAAGAACAAUGCGGAAGCGGUGAGGAAACUGUGGAUACUUGACGGCGGGAGCGUCAAGGACGGAGUGAGAGAACUCAAGGAGAUGAUUGAUGAUUAUAAUGAUGAAGAUGGAGACGAGGAUGAGGGGCUAGGACAGGAAGAGGAGGAAGACGACGGAUGGGGGGAGCUGGGACUGGGUACGGCUAAGCUGAAAAAGGCAGAGGUUGAACGCGCCAGCCAGGUCCUGCCCCUGUUAAACCUUACGGCGACGCUUCACACGCACCUCCCUACCCUCUUUGCCCCUUCUCCCUCUACGUCCUCCUCUUCAUACUUCCCGACUCUCCCGAACCCGACCCUUUCCCUCCUUCCACCGCUCUCUGCCUCUCUCCUAAGCACCUCCGACGACCUUAUCGCGUCCCUAUACUCGCCGCAGAAUCCUAUGAACAUCUCAGGAAACGUGCGGAAGCUAGAGAGUGUCGUGAAGGAGCUGGAGAGCGUGUUCAAGCCUUUGUACGGUGGGGGCUCUACGCUGGAGGAGAAGAUGGCCCGCAUGAAAGUUGCUGAUGGCAGCGAGGAAGAAAAAGAGGGGGCAAAGCGGGAGAUGCUGAUGGGGAUCUUUGCGCGGGUGUAUGCUGCUGCUCAGGGUAUUGAACGAGCUAUCAGCUCGGAGAGCGGAUCUUAAUCCUGUAGAGACUGCAUUUCGCGCCCACCUUGGCCGUUCGAGACUUUUGAUUGUCAACACGGGGACAAUAAAGUGUAGAUCCCUGUCCAGGUCCUGUC